AUGUAUUCGAAACAAAUCUGCUUUAUAUUAAAUAAUAUUACUGAAUAUAAUUUAAAAAGUCAAGUUAAUGAAAUCAUUACUAUUAUGUCACAUGAUUUAUUCGAUGAACCAAGUCAACAUAAUGUAUACUUUAAAUUUAUAAUAAUGAUUUCAGAAUAUUAUACAAAUUUUGAAACAGUUCUAUUAGAAAUUUUAACAAAAGAAAUUGAUUAUUUAAUAAAAUUAUCAAAUCUUAAUGUUUCUAAUGGUAAAAUAUUAAAAUAUUUUGGUAGAUUUUUAGGUCGUUUAACAAUUGCACGAGAUAUUCCUUUACAAAUAAAUAUCAAAUCAUUAAUUUAUACAACUUUUAAAUAUAAAACCUAAUUCAUUAGAUUAUAUUGUAUCAUUUAUUUCGGAAUUAUUAAAAAAUAUAAAAUAUAGUAAUCAAAUAAAACCAUCCAAUCCAUGGGUGAAUGAAAUAUUACAAAUCAUGAAAGAAUUAUAUUAUAUCACUGAUAAAUUAACUAUACAAUUUGAAAUUGAAUUAUUGUUUAACUUUUAGAAUGUGAUUUUAAUGAAUGGAAAUCUGCUUAUUAUCUUAGACGGUUUAUUGAAAAUGAGAACAAGGAAUAAAAUAAACAAACAAUCAUCUAACUAGAUUGACGCUAGAUUUGAUAUAUAUAUGUAAUGGUCUUCUUGUCCGGAAUACUACUACUACUACUACUAUUAUUAUUAUUAUUAUUAUUAUUAAUAACAAUAAUAAUAAUUAUUAUUAUUAUCAACAAGUGAAUACAAAAAUAUUGAUUAUUAUUUUAAAUAAUCCAAUGAACAAUUAAUUAAUAUUUUUGUUUUUGUUUUAAUUUGUUGUUGUUUUCUUUCCUUAAAG